AUGUUAUUUAAUUUAUCAGAACGAGCUGUACCGAAAAGGAUCAGACGGUUUAUUGCUCCUAUGCCCCAGGGCCGAAGAUAUCAAGGUUAUCAUGGCCGAAUCCCACAAAGGGAUUUGCGGCGCUCACCAGUCCGACGUCAAGAUGAGAUGGUUGGUCCGGAGGCACGGCUAUUAUUGGCCGACCAUUUUAAAGAACUCAUAGAAUAUGCAAAGGGGUGCAUCAAGUGUCAGAUCUACGGCCCCAUAAAAAGGGUACCGGCCGACGCCCUCCACCCAGUUACUAAACCUUGGCCGUUCAGGGGAUGGGUCGUGGAUAUCAUCGGCAAAAUCCACCCGGCCGCGUCCAACCAGCACGCCUGGGUUUUAGUAGCAACUGACUACUUCACUAAAUGGGUCGAGGCGGAGUCCUAUCGGUUCAUUUCUAGCACGCAGGUGGUCAGAUUCUUCGAAAAUCACAUCGUCCACAGAUUCGGUAUACCCGAAACCAUCACGUCCAAUAAUGGCCCGGUAUUCGCAUCAGCUGAGACUCGAGAAUACGUCAAGGCAAGCAACAAGGUAAUCAAGGGUAUCCUCAAGAAGAUGAUUGAGGAAAAACCUAGGGCGUGGCACGACUUACUCCCUGAGGCCCUCUUGGCUUAG